UGUCUCUGUUUUCGAUUGACCGACACGCAAAAUGUCGUUCAAAAAGAAAAAAUUCACACUUCCUCCCAUCAUCAAAGCCCUUGAUAAACUUCCAUCACCGCCACCACAACCACCGCUUCCUCCUCUUCCAAAACCACCACCAACAACCCAUUUAGCCGCUCUCCCCACUCUCACUCUCACACCUACCUCCAACCACACAAACCUCCUCCACUUCCUCAACUCCCAUCUCACAAAGAUCCAACCUUUAACCCCUCAAAACCUCCUCCACUUCUUCAAAACCAAACUCCACCACCACCCACAUUUCUCUCACUAUGACUUUCAUAUUUUCAACUGGGUUUCUACUAUAGACUCUUUUAGUCAUGAUCAUCAAACUUUUGAAUGGAUGGCAAGGACUCUUGCUAUCACAAACAGGUUAGAGGAACUUGGUUUGCUUCUUCAAUUUAUGUCAUCAAAUCCUUGUCCUUGUAGUGAAGGUAUUUUUUCUUGUCCAAGAAUUGAGCCCAUAUUUCAGUUUUGUAUUAAUGCUUACUGUAAAGCUAGGAAAUUGGACGAUGCUUUUUUAGCUUUUGAAUGUAUGAGGAAGUUGAUUGAUGGAAGGCCUAGUGUUGUUGUUUACAACAUUUUGAUUAAUGGGUGCGUGAAGUGUGGAGAACAUGAUAGGGCUAUUGGGGUUUAUGAUAGGAUGUUGAAGGAUAGAGUUAAGCCUGAUGUGUUUACUUUUAAUAUAUUGAUCAGUAGUUAUUGUAGGAAUUACAUGUUCGAAUUGGCUCUGGAAUUGUUUAGAGAAAUGAAAGAGAAAGGAUGUAGUCCUAAUGUGGUUAGUUUUAAUACUUUGAUUAAAGGGUUUUUUAGGGAGAGGAAAUUUGAGGAAGGGGUUAAGAUGGUGUAUGAGAUGAUUGAUUUGGGGUGUGAGAUAUCGAGUGUGACUUUUGAGAUUUUGGUUGAUGGACUUUGCAAGGAAGGGCAGGCUUCGGAGGCAUGUGGAUUGUUGAUUGAUUUUACGAGGAAAGGAGUUUUGCCAAGGAAGUUUGAUUCUUUUGGUCUUGUGGAUAUGCUUUGCAAGAAAAGAAUGGCGGAUAGAGCUUUGGAAGUGUUGGAUGAGUUGUGGAGGAAUGGAAAUAUUCCUAGCAUGAUUUCUUGUACCACUUUGAUAGAAGGUUUGAGAAAGUCUGGUAGAAGAGAUGAAGCGUUUGGAUUGAUGGAAAGGAUGUUGAAAGAGAAUAUUGUUCCUGAUAUUAUGACUUUUAAUUGCCUGCUUCAUGAUCUUUGCAAUGAGGGAAGAACAGUUGAUGGUAACAAAUUGAGAUUAUUGGCUUCUAGAAAGGGUUUGGAUGUAAAUGAGAUGACAUAUGACAUUUUGGUAUCUGGGUGUAUAAGAGAGGGUAAAAGAAAGGAAGGGGAAGCUUUGGUGGAUGAGAUGUUAGAUAAGGAAUUUAUACCUGAUCUUGCCACAUAUAAUAGGUUCAUAGAUGGGCUUUCUAAAACAAGAAGUUCUACACAAUAGUGUAUUAAAUUUAUUCAUAGGUGAAAAUAUAGAGUUUGUACACUUUUAUUUGGAUGCCAACCAAUUUAUUUGAUCUAGCUGGGGCUUCUCUUGAUUUAGUAGAAAUGCUUUCUUCCAGGAAAUGUAUCUGGUUGUCAUAAUUUUUAUGGUUGGGUAUAGAGAUAGAGACAACGGGGAAGGAGGUGGGGUGAGGAAAUGGUGAAUCCAUUUACAGGCCCAGAUUCCACUGCAUCUCAUUUUUUCAUUGCAGCUAAAAAGUUCCCUCUGGAUGGAAAGCGUGUCACUUUUGGGAAGGUAAGUAGAGGAACAGACAUUGAUUUGACUUAUUGGCAUGUUGCUAGUGAGGGUAUUAUCUCACUCAAGGUGUCAUCAUGGAUUGUGGGGGAUGUCCUGAGGGGGGAGACAUGGAAUAUAAAACUACUUCAAAGAUCUCAACUUAUCCUGACUGGUCAGCUCACCUGGACACAAAGCCAGAUGAUAUUUCUUGGGGGAUGGAAGUUGUACAUUCUUUUGAAUAUUUUGGAAUGAGCAGUACAGGAGGCUACAAGAUAUGGCUCUUUGAAAACUGUUAAGCUUAAAAUUAGAUUUUUGUUUUGAGAAGGAAGAUAUUGCUGAAGAUUGAGCUCAUCACUGUGGAAGACUGCCUCAGAUGUUUACAAAUACUUCUACCUGUAAAUAGAGCCUUGGAGAUCUUGUUUUGCUUUCUAUUAAUGGCAUAAAGGGUGCGUGUUACCAUCAAAAUUCUGUAACACUGUGCUAUUUAAUAAUGGCAUUGUCAGAUAUAACUAACUAACUCAUUCAGUUUGUUGAUUAAUGCAACGCAUUUUUGUUUCA